AUGGCUGACCCACUUUCUGUAACCGGAUCCGCGGUCGGCAUCGUGUCUCUCGGUCUUACCGUCUCGAAGGGACUAAUCAAGUACAUCGAAGGCGUCAGGGGCAGGAAAUCGAACACUGACAACACCGCUAGAAAACUCAAAUGUCUUCUUGACUCGCUCAAUGUUAUCAACAGCCAGAUUUCCGACCCCAAUUUCCGACCCAAGCAAGAUCUUCUCAGUAACAUUGAGAGGUCAAUCCAAGACUGUAAAGACUCGAUCGGCAAGCUUGAGGCCGAGAAUAAGAAAUUCCUGGACCUUCCCAUGGACAGCAUCCCAACCGUCGCCCGCGCCGGGCUUCGCCGUGUGGCAUAUCCCUUUAAGGAAGAGACGCUGAGGAAGCUCGAAGGCGAUGUUGAGGCGGCUAUCUCGUGCUUGAAAUUGGCACUAGACGCCCUACAGAAGCAUGAUAGAAACGAAAUGAAGUUAUUACUCGACCUAGUCAGAGCAGACCAGAUCUCAUCGGACAUCCGCGACUGGCUAAAAGGGCCUGAUGCCUCCAUUGAGUACAAUGCCGCCUGCAAGAAGAAGCAGGAGUACCCUAGUACAGGGCUCUGGUUCGUCAAAGGAAAGCCGUUUUCCUCGUGGCUCGAGAGUUCCAAUUCCCUCCUGUGGCUCAACGGCUUCGCCGGUAGUGGCAAGUCAGUGCUGUGUUCUACAGCUAUCCAGUCCACCUUCAGCCACCGGGGCGCCAACAAACGCAUCGCCAUUGCCUUCUUCUUCUUCGUCUUCAACGAUAAGUCAAAGCAGGAUGUCUCCGCAAUGCUCCGUGCCCUCAUCCUGCAGCUGUCAACCCAAUUGGAGGAUCGUGGUUCUCUCCUAGAGCUGCACAACCGCUACCGCAACGCUUCACCGCCCGACGAUGCUCUUGUCGAGUAUCUUCACCAGCUCAUCAGCAUGUUUGACCACGUUUAUAUCCUUCUAGACGCACUAGACGAAAGCCCUCGGGACAAGUCCGGGAAGCGGAAAGAUGUCCUUAACAUCCUCGUCGAGAUGCAGAAUUGGGCGGAGCCCGGCCUUCAUCUGAUGGUUACUAGUCGCGACGAGCCUGACAUUCGCGAAAUGCUAAGUGCUCCUAAAGAUAAAAUAAUUUCGAUGUGGGACAAAUCCGUCGAUCACGACAUUGCGACGUUUGUCUCCAAGCGUCUCAGAGAUAGCAAGGAAUUUCGAGUCUGGGAAGACGAUUAUGACAAGAUCGAAACGGCAUUUACCUGUCGUGCGAAGGGCGUAUUCCGAUGGGUGGAAUGCCAAUUCAAAGCCUUAGAGAAUUGUCCACAAUCCGACGACGAGCUCGAUGAACUUUUAGAUUCCCUACCAGACUCGCUGGAUGAGACCUACGAGCGAAUACUUCUAAAUAUUAACCCGAGAUCGGUGAAAUAUGUCCAGCCUAUGUUAACCUUACUUUGCUACGCCAAACGCCCGUUGACGGUACCCGAGCUUCGUGACGCCAUUGCCGUGGACCUGAGCGAGCCGCCUCAGUUCAAACCAGGACGAAGAUUAAAAACGGUUGACGCGAUCCGCCGAAUUUGCCCCGAAUUUAUCGAAGUUGACGAGCAACCCGAUGGAGAGCCGCCCACCGUACGCAUCGCCCAUUUCUCAGUCCAGGAGUAUCUUGAAUCGGGACGACUUUCCAGCGAGAUCGCCAAGUUCAGUAAUACCAAAGCAUUUGAGAGUUGGGUUACUAUAUGGAAUAUUGACGAGGAGGAUGGCAAGAAGCCUAUAGGGGAGAUUCCAUCGCCUAUUUACUACACUUCACUUAUCGGCCUUGAUUCAGUUCUCACGAAGCUACUUCAUAGUAGAGUUGGAAAUAUUUCCGAUGUGAACGCCCAAGGCGGCGGCAGGUUCGGCAACGCGCUGCAGGCGGCAUCACUUGGAGGCUACGAGGCUGUCGCGCGGCUGCUUCUCGAAAAGGGCGCCGAUGUUAACGCCCAAGGCGGCUACUACGGCAACGCGCUGCAGGGGGCAUCAUCUAGAGGCCACGAGGCCAUCGUGCGGCUGCUUCUCGAAAAGGGCGCCGAGACUAAGGGUAGAAAGUUGUAG